CCGUUCCGUUCGUCUCUCCCGUGCGAUACCCCGGCAGGCGAAGCCCCAGCGCCCGUAAACUCUCGGCCCUGCCCUGCCUCCGCCGCACUCCGCGCGCGCGGCCCUCCCUCUGCGAUCCCGACAGGCGGCGCCGGCGGCGAGCCGCGACGAAGUCCCUAUCUCCCGCCUCUCCGUCUGCCCCUGCCUCCGCCCCCACUCCGCCCGCCCCCUCCGUCGUCGACCCUGCGUGCGCCGGUGAGCAGGCUUUGAUGACUGCGUCACAAGGAUGAGAUGGCGUCCCGUACAAAGCUAUCUGGCAUCCAGAGGCAGGCCUUGGCAUUAUACAGAGGGUUCCUUCGGACAGCACGGCUCAAGUCCCCAGAGGAGCGCCGCAGGAUAGAGUCCGUUGUCUCAGCAGAGUUCCGUGAGAAUGCCAAGAGUGUAGAUCGCAGGAACUUUGUGUACAUUGAGUAUUUGAUGAGGAGAGGGAAGCGGCAGCUUGAGCAGCUCAAGAAUCCUGAUAUCACUGGACUUUCUACACUUGAAAUAAAUAAGGCCUCUUCUAUUCCAGAACAACGUGUCGAGCAUGAUCUUGGUGUUUCUACUGGGAGACAGUAAAACAGGAAGAGCUUGCUUUUAAUGGUGUCCCACAUAAAAAAUGGCCGCAUAUGAAAGCUCUUUAUGAUGUAACUUCUCUGGAGCACCUUCAUUUUCCCAUAGGAAUCUCUAGAUGAAUUUCGUAGCAUCUUAUUGCCCUCUGGAUAUUAGAAGUGUGAUUCAUGUAUGAAUUCUUUUGGUCACCAAGAUCAAUUGGACCAGAGUUUAUUGUGAAAGAGCAUUUACAUUGGAGCUCUAUACUGUCUAAACGGCUAAACCAUGAGGUUUAAAUUCAGCAAUGGUGUUACUUUUUAUGCAAUGUAAUUCACCCCUAUCAUUUGUGUA